GUAAAUUUUCUGACGUUGGAGAGGGGGCAGAGUAAAAUAAUAUGGUGUUAGACAGAGUAAAAUAAUAAGAUAGGAUGCAUUAGGGCACAAUGCUAGUUAAUGGGUUAACUAAACUCAUGGGCUGAAAUAGUAUUAUUAAGCCAUUGAGUGCCAGCACUCUUCCCUUGACGGGUAAAAUCAUCUGGCGCUAGACAGAGUAAGUUACUGCGCAAUGCAACUCAAUGGGUUAACAUGAUUUGCAAUUAACCUGUUGAAUCACGGCCAGCGCUCUCCCCUUAAUCAGUAAAAUCACCUGGCAUUUGGCAGAUUGAGUAAAAUAAUAUUAAAAGUAGUGCAAAUUGCACCACAAAUGUAAUUUAAUGGGCUAAGAAUACCACUUAAUUUAAUAGAUGAUUUAAUGAAAUUCGGUAACUACCAAAAUGCAAUAUGUAGCGCCAGGGAACUAGGUAAAUUACCCUAAUUACAGUAACCCCUUAAUUACAUAAUUACAUUUUACGAACAGUCUAGACUGUGUAACAAACGUAAUUACAUGAGUUAAUUGGAAGGAAUUCCUGACAGAUUUUAUGUUUGCAAUGAAAUUUAAUUACACAAUUAUGAAAAGUGCUGCUGAGUGUAAUUUUUACAAGUACUGUACUAUAUUCUACAACCAAAGGUCGUAGGUUCGAUUCCCACCUUGGCCAGGCAUAUUUUUCAAGCUUGCCUGGUGUGGAUAUACACUCAGAGUAAGAUCACAAACAUUAUAUUCACCUGAGUACAUUACACCAACACAGAAAAAAAAUGAAAACUUUAUUUCGCUUCCAGAGACCCAGACUGGUGGCGGCAGCUAAAGGACUUACAGACUUUGACAUUGUUGAUAUCAAAUUACGUGAUGAUCUUCCAGAGUGGUUUCCUUCAAUCAAUCCAUUUCGUAAAGUUCCAGCUAUUGAGUUUCCUGAUGGUGAAGCUAUUUAUGAGUCCAUAAUUAUCUCAGGUAUGUAGGUCUCUUCAUGUUUAUGAUCUUGUAACAACUUGACAACUUAACAACGUUGUUACUGGUUGGUAACAAGUGUGCAACAAGACGUUUCUUGCGUUUUUACGUAUGUGCAGUACUAAUAGAUAUAGAAUUAAUGUGUCACGAAACAUCUUCCCACUUUUUUCAUGCGUGCCUUUCAAAUCCGUCAUGUUAAAUUUGGCUAUAAACAAAGCUAAGACUAAAUUUUCAUCGUUGAAAAGUUUUGUCUUGCUGUAUAAUUUGCAAUUUGCGGAUAGAUUUUGAAAUAGUAAGUUCUUUGAAGGCACAAAAACAAAUGUAAGUGCUGUAUCAGUUGUGCAUUUACAAAAACGAUGAAAAAAACCUAUUACUGUAGCCUACACUGGUUCUGUGGUGUUAGCAAGUCUGCCGGACUGCUUCUAAAAAGCUUCACAUAAUUGUCAUUGUACAUGCAUGGGCUCGAUGGCUUCAAUUAGCAAUACUGGUUAUGAUGCUUGUGAUCUUACUCUGAGUGUAUAUCCCGGGCAAGCUUGAAAAAUAUGCCUGGCCACGGUGGGAAUCGAACCUACGACCUUUGGAAUACUAGCCCAAUGCUCUGGCAAUACUGGUCAUUAUUUUCUGGUAAUCUAUUAAUAACGUUUGUUCUCUCAUGAAUGACAGUAAAAUGCGGGAAAAUUCCAAUUAGCUUAUUAUAGACUAACACUGAGGUAUCAAUACUGAUGUUCGUAUUUUAUUUGUGAUGUUCUACUAAUAGAAGUAUAGGAAUAGGUAUUUCGGACCUGACCAUGCACCCCCGGGGAGUGUAUAUAUAAUGUGCAUGUUAUGUACACCAUACUGAGUUGCAAACGAAUCGCACACAACAUUUAGGGUUAGAGAAUAUAUGGUUAGGAUGGUAUGUUGCCCCAGUGAACUCUAAUAAGACUUGAACGAUAACUCGGCUGCCAUCUUUGAAGCCAAAUUGAAGGCCGCCAUUGGAGGUACGGCGGCGAAAAUACACCUCUUCGAAAAACUCGGAUUUCUGCCUUUCUAGCUAUGCUAGAACAUAGAUAAAAAACGUAAAAACAUCUACGAUACUUGGACUAAUGCACAAAUCAUGUUUGGAAGCCGUAGAAAAGAGUUAACGUUAUUUUUUGUGUACCUGAAAGUGGUAUUUUGUUCGGCACGGAAAAUAUUUUGUUAUUUUCUUGAAUACAAAAAUGGUUCCUUUCGAGAUUUUGCUGUUAGUAGAUGUUGAAUACUUAGAACUAUUCAGAACAUUUAGAACUAAUCGGCGUAUUUUUGCUAAAAAAAACAAAAUUACGAGGAAAUUGAACUCUCCCCAGUUCUUUUUUGAAAGUCACAGCGCGCGAACUUCUCCCGGGCGCCGAAUCACAAAUCGCAAAUCACGGGGAUUUCUACGGAAAAAUCGAUUUAUUCCCGUUUUAGAGAUGUCAAAAAGCACUCAAAAUAAACAACUAUACCUAGACUUUAAUACAAAAAAGGUAUUGGUCCGUAGAUUUAUGUUUCAAAGUAUUUUUUUUUAGUUAAAGAGCAAAGUUCACUUCGGCACGUUCAACUAGUGUCGUUUUUUAUGAAAACAAACCUGAUACCCUUCAAACUUUCGCUGUUGUGAGAUGCAAAGCAGUUCUAACUAUCAAAUAAAUCGUAUUUGGAUUUUUAAAAUUGAAGUCUUUUGAUGAAAAACGACUUUUCUUGCUCAUUUUCGUCAAAAAUAAACUUUGACUGAAUUUCCCACUCCUCGAAACUCUCCUUACUCCUUUUAAAAGUGCAAUUUCCUUGCACGGUUGGCUUCAGGCAAGUAUGGGAAAGUUUAUCUGAGUUAUCGUUCCAGUCUUAUUAGAGUUCACUGGUUGGCCCUGACCCGUAACUUGCCCAUUGUUGCCGAGAUCUAAGAUUGGAAAAUGAAGAUUACUGAACAUUUUUAUAGCGCAAAUUUACACAUGGGUAUGAUCAUUGUGCUUUACAUCAAGUAUUACAUAGCUUAGAUUAUUACAUAGCCUAGAUUAUUACACCUAGAUUAUUACAUAGCCUAGGUUAUUAAUAUACAGCCUAGAUUAUUUUAUCUUUACAACAAUUGAGAUAAUAAUACUUUCUUAAGGUUACAUGCAGGACACCCUUUUUGGCGUUUUGCCGAAAAUCGCUACUGCGCGCUCAAUAUCAGUCCGAUUUGAAUAAAAUUUUCACCAAAUGUUCGCCAGUGUAUUCGUACGCAAAAUAUGGCAAAGUUGUAAAAUUAACAAACAAUAAAAUAAUAUAAGAAUUAUUCAGGGAAAUCUUAAAUCGCGGUACCGUUACGCUUUUGAGUUGUGCUCCAGCUGGUUUUAAGUUAUAUUUAUGAAAAUAUUAUUUUUAUACAGUAAAAUAGUUGUUCUAAAAAUUUGUGUUCGGAAUUUUUUGUUUAUUUCGUCAUUCCGCUGAUAUGGCGAUUUCUUUGACGACUGCAAUAUAUUUCUGAAUUUUUGAGUGAAUUGCUCAUUAUUAAAAUAUCCAAAAUUAAAAAAAAGCCUAACACAAUUUUGAAACUGACGUCUUUAGCUAUGUCCUGUAAAAAUUUGAGAAAAAUUGGUCAAAACCCGCAGGGAGAACAACGCAUUUGAAAAUCAGUAAUUACCGUAAAAUUCUUCGGGAGAAAAUUGAAUUUGAACAUUACAUUUUCAAUGUUUUUCUUAUUGCAGCGAAAUGUAUUUUAUUAAAUAACUCUGCGAGUUUUCAAUAUUUUUCGUUCAAACUUGGUCAGAUAGUAGAACUAGUCUAUUGCUUUCAUGGAAACCAAUAAAAAAAAUUUAGGCAAAAUUAACCCUCAAAGGUGUUCUGUGGCAGGCCCUCAAAUUUAUGGGGGGCCUGAUUGGCAGCGGGCAGGAUUUUGGCGGGCUCCGGGGGAGGAUUAAGGGCCUGCAGGAAAGCCCGCCUUUCAUGACUACAACGCCGUUCAGAUUCUGAACGGUGAAUACGAUCACCUGAUUGGUCAAUACCAAGUCAGUGGAAAACCGUAGUAUUUGUUGAUUUCAAUAUUGUUGCUAUCUAAUCCUCGAUCUAAUCUUGAACAUCGAUUGUGGUUAUUUUUUCUUAUUCAGUAGCGAUACAAAAGAUGAUCUCACUGGCCAGUCGUCAAGAAAUAGCACAGGAUAAUUGCAAACAAUUAACGUGCAUGGAUGUAAAAUUGUAAUACUGAUUCUAAUGAUGUACUAUAUAAAAGUAUUAAGCUCAACAUCGACGGUUUGAAAACGUGUGAAGGGCGUUCGUCACUGUGGUCCAGCCACUUUUCGUUUGUAGGGUUUCGCGUCACAAUAUUCCCAUUCGGAUGACCUAAAAGCACUUUUAAUGAUUUAAGCACAGUUAAUUUAAGGUGACGAACGCUCUUCACACGUUUUCAAGCCGUCUGUGUUGAGCUUACUUCGGUAUAUCGUCAGAAUCAGUAUUUACAUCCACGUUGUCUGCAGUACCUGUGCUAUUUCUUGAUGACUGGCCAGUGAGAUCAUCUUUUGUAUUGCUGCUGAACAAGCACUUUUACGCGCAGAUUUCGAUUCAGUUCUAGACAUACUACCCGGAAAACAUCGCGGAGAACAAAGCGAUUUGAUUCAGUUUGGUUGAAUGGACUAGCGCCACGGUCAGCGUGUCAGGAAUUAACAGUUUACGCUUUCCUGAUGUUUCUACAUCUUUGAGCUGGUAAUGGUGUUGAAACUUCUCGUGUAGUACUGUAGUGUAUUAACAAAAGAUUUUAAUUCCGUUACAAGCUCAUGCACUUUUAGAAUUUUUCUUGAAGCCAACUUUAUGAACAAUUUUACUAAAAUUGCCAAAUUAUAAAACAACAUUUACAAAAUCUGCAAUAUUGUAUUAAAUUGUAUUAUAAUAUUGAGUUUAAUAAUUCGCAAUUUUGUUUGAUUGACAUUUUUACGUGCAAGCGAAUAUUUUUAGAAACCAAUUAAUUAUGUUAUGACUGGGGCGUGUAGUCAUGAAAGUCGGGCUUUUCUGCAGGCCCUUAAUACUCGCCCGGAGCCCGCCAAAGUUCUGCCCGCUGCAAAUCAGGCCCCCCCCAUAAAUUUGAGGGCCUGCCAUGCAGGCUAUGUGGGAGGAAACCAUAGCACCCGGAGAAAACCCACGACUUUCGGCAGAGCGUUGACCGCCGACUCUUUUCACAUGAGUCCGUAGCGAGAAUCGAACCCACGAACUCAGAGGGGAAAUGCGCUCACUCUGACGACUACGAACACUUUCUAGACAGAAAAAGGCAGUUUCUCGCCUACAAUCAUAGACAAAUUUACUCGGACAAACAUGGCAAAUAAAUUAUUUUUUGCAACAUUUUCAUAUAUACUUCGUAAAGUCGGUCCCCCCUCCCCUGAAGCAAUGUUGAUGAACACUUCAGUCAUUAUGGCAACUAUUGCGGUAUCUGUAGCAACAACAUUGUAACGGGGGAGCGGGGAAUACGGCUGAAAAUGCGUCUAAUUAUUUGAUUGCUUUAAAUUUCAGCCAUUUUUAAUCAGCAUCCGCAUGUUAUUUGUCUAGGAUUGUAGAUUGCAUGUGAAUGACUAGUAUUUUAUAUAAGUCUACCUUUACACUGUACCGGAUAGUUUUCCGUAGCGAUAAAACAUCUACAGUGUAUCCGUAUCUUUAGGAACGACGGAAAGCUGUCUGGCAUAGUGUAAACGUAGCUUGCAUCAACAGGAUGGUUUUGUGUCCAAUUUAGAUAAUCAAUCAAUAUACUCGUGAAUUUCAAAAUUGCACAACAGUACAGUGAACUUAAAACUACUACAAAAAACAAACGUUGUGGAAGAGAAAGAAUGGAGUCGAUAAUGAUAUAAAUAACAAAAUGCCUGGAAAAAAGUGGGUGCAUGUUCUUAGUUUUGAAGAGUCUGGUAGACCGAAAUUAUCGAGCGCAUGGAAAUUUAUAUACAUUUAUUACACCUACCCAGGAAAAGCUGCAAAAAAUUUAAUCGAGCGAGCCGCCAAAUAUAUUUUGUUAUUAAGAUUAUCAUAGUAUUCUGGCACUGUAGAGUUCAACAGAAAAUUCCUUGUCUCGAGCGAGAUUUGAACUCGCAUCUACAGCGUCCGCUCUACCCACAAUCUCUUUCCCAUAGCAAUGCCUGUGCGCGGGCUAGGAAGGCAUUGGCUCUGGGGAAAUAGAAUUUUUCCUGUCCUGUGAUUGGUUUAACGUUUAUCAUUAGUGCAUGCCGACAACAACCGGUACCCCUACAUUUAGGGUUGUUGUUGUUCCCUAGAGCCAAUCCCGCGCAGCACAGGAAUUGCUCUGGGUACGAGAUUGCUCUACCCAUUGAGCUGUCGAGUCAAUAGGAAUGGACCUUUCCCCUUAUAACUAAAUUUUUGAUCUAGUUAAGUCUAGACAAAAAUUUCAUCACAGCUUGAAAGAGGAUCACAAAAUUAGUAAUAUUCCAAAGUUUCGUUGCGAAAUGUUGUAAAAUGCGGAUAAUAUAAACUUGCGAAAUUUGCAAUUUUCAGUCAUUUUAGAUUACUGUACAAACGGGAAAUUGAUGCCCCAACACCCGAUUGGGCUAUCAAUUUCCCUUGCGUAAUACAAAAUGACUGAAAAACGGCAAAUUUCGCAAGGUUAUAUUAUCCGCAUUUUACAACAUUUCGCAACGAAACUUUGGAAUAUUUAUUUACUAAUUUUCUGAUGCUUUUUCAAGCUGUGAUGAAAUUUUUGUCUGGAUCAAAAUUUUUGUUAUAAGGGGAAAGGUCCAUUGGUAGAGAGCUUUAUUUAAGUGCACGAAACAUUUUGACAACGACUUCACGCUUUUCUUGGCGAACGCGCAGUGUUUCAAUUCUUUUUCAGAACUAUCCUCAGAGAUACGAGAAGUAGUUUCAUAAAUUAUUCUGACACUGCAGAGUACAAUGAGAAAUUUGUUGUCUCGAGAGCGAGAUUCGAACUCGUAUUUCCAGGUAUCUCUUCCAGGUCAAACGUUGAUUUGUCACGAAAAUAUUUCGUGUACUUAAAUUGGAUGAGACUCGCUACCAUUCCCCGUUGACUCGAUAGCUCAAUCGGUGAGCGGCGGUCUAGAUACCAGAUACGAGUUCGAAUCCCGGUGGAAACAACGAAUUUUCUAUUCUUCGCAGUGUGAGAAUAAUUUGAAACUAGUUUUUCAUAUCUCUGAAGAUGGUUCCGAACGAGGAUUACAAACAAACGUUAUCAUUUUUACAAGACACUUUUUGAUUUUCACAUUUCAUUAUUCUUAUCAAGUAACUCACUCCCUCCUUCCCACGACUCCCCCCAUGACGGUUCCUGCAUGAGCCACUGAUCUCGUUAAUAUUUAGAUUUACUGGAUGAACUUUAUCCUGCGAAGCAGUUGCACCCAAAAGAUCCCAAAGAGAAAGCGAAACAAAAACUUUUCCUUGAAAGAUGUGGAGAAACGGUGAGUUCACUUACACAAUAUCCCUCUUUGAGUAUCUAAACACCUAGAACCGGUUGUAUAAAAACGUAGUUGAAGUUAACUGCAGUCAGCGGUAAUUACUGUAGUUAAAUCCUAACUGUAGUUAAUUAACUAGUUAAUGUAACUGCAUUGAAACGACGUUAGUGGGAUAGUUAACUAAUCACGUAUAGUUAACUGUGCAUCAGGCUCGCAUGGUGUGUGAUUAAACACAGUACUACAUAAAGUAAACACUGACAAGCGUUUUGAAGAUGUUUGUGGACUGGCAUUUUGCAAAUAAGCCGAAAUUUAAUUCAACAGAUUGAACAAUAAAACUAGAAAUCAAGGCAAAAAUGAAAGAACAAGGUAGUUUCUCCACGAGAUGUUUAAGUUAAAACAAAAUGCAGCUGUUCGCGAAUUCUAUAUUAAACCCUAACUGUAAUUACUUAGCUACAUCAUGUAACUUCAGUACGUACAUGUAAUUUGCCAAGUACAAAGUAAGCAACAAAAUGAAAGAGCCAGAAAAAUUUCAAUUUAAAUUCAGCAAUAUAUCACAAAGUGCAUAGAGCACUAUCCUUGUUUACAAUCACGUGACUUUUUAUCCAAAUGAUGGGCAAUCAAACAACUUGUGAACAUUUUUCUCCUAUCAGAAUGAUUAUAGCAAGAAAAACUGAACGGUAAUUCCUCUAUUGAGUCUUAAACUGUCUCUAAACUCGAUCAAUACAUUAAAAUAGCCAUCUUUUCUUAUACCUCAUUGCAAACAAAGAAUCAGGAAAUCAUGAGUAAGUUUUCUAUGACAAGGUUUUUUAUGUUUGUCAAUUUCACGUGUUUUUUCUAUGACAAGUUUUUUUGUUUUCCAUGAUAGCUGUUAUUUGCUAUUACAACAAUAGAUCGCUGACCAAUCGUGCAAGGGCUCAAAUUACUUCGCCAAAUUUUCUUCGCUCACCCGUUCAGAGAAACAAAGUUCGUACUUCAUUUUAAUUUGUACAAGAUUCGUACUUUCUGUGACGAGAGAACUUUUUCAAAAGCUAGCUAGCAUAGUAGGUUUUGAACAAGUAUUAGUACUUGGUAUAGUAAAAACUUGGCAACCUUCCCUUUACAGACAGACAAAUAUAUCUUCUCAUACUGUAUGAAAAGUUGUCAUAGAAAACGUGCUCAUCUGUAAUCGGCUUAUGCAACUUUAGUAAAACAAUUAAUAACCGUAGCUUUUUAGACUAGUAUAUCACUGCAUGUAUAAAUUGAUUGUCACUGCACUUUCAAAUAAUGUCUGCUUGCAUUUUCCAGCUCAUUCCAUCAUUUUAUAAACACGGGCUUGCAGACAAGUCUGAAGAAACAAAGCAGGAAUUGUUGAAGAACAUUGGGAAUGUUGAGCAGUAUUUAACGGAAAAGAAAUCAAAGUAUUUUGGAGGUAGGUUUCAAUUUUUUGCUAACAGGACGAUAUAGGCGGGUCUCAUCACUGCUCUGGAAACUAUAACUGGAUGUGUUCGCACUGCUUGUUCCCAGCUUAUUGACAAGUUACUACAAGAUUGUUGAGCUUAAUAGACUUGUUACAAGUUGUUCCAACAACAACUUGUUAUCGUCUAAUAUGUCAACAAGUUGUGAGUGACAACCUUGUGGUAACUUGAUAAAAUAACAGCAUUGUUAGAAUUUGUUGACGAGCUUGCUACAAGCCUGUUGCGAACACAUGUUCUUGACAAGUUGUGAGAUUUUUACGUGUGUGUUGUGGUAUUUUGUCUUUCGCUUUUUAUUGCUUCCUUAACUCCUUGCUUACAAACUGAACAAGAUCCCGUCCCUCGUGGUCAUCCGGGUUCUAUUACCUUACACACGUGACCAGACUAUGAUAUAAACACUACAUGUGUAUGUUAGGUGCUUGGCGCAUACGUCUCUAUGACAUAGUGCAUAUGGCUGAGAUGCGAGUUUAAGUGAUCACUAACCAUAAGCCGCUGUUAUUCUUUAAAUUGAUGAUGACGGAAAUUGAAGGAGCUAUUGGACGUCAGUUCCAGUCUUCUAUUGUUUUUGUGUGCGCGGUUAACACGAAGCUGGCUUCACUUUUUUAACUCGAGUUCUCGUUCCAGAUAUAUAUGAAGUGUGUGUUACUGUCGAAGGCUGGGGCAGAUCUGGCCUUAUUUGUUAGAGGAGGUGGAGGUUUUCCAGAGGGGGUGCAUCACUACGGGGGUCUGGGAUAGAAUUUGAAAUUUGAAGCCCUGAAAAGCCAUUUCCUGCAUUCUGAGGACUACAUUUAUUUGUUAAAUUUGCCCUCAUGGUAAUUGUAUUUCAGGCAAAAAUGAACAAGAGUGGUGAUCCACUGUAUUGGUGUUUGAAUAUUUCUCGCGUACUCGAAAAUCAAUCGUUUCAAUAUAACAAGUAGUAUUCACCACUCAAAAAGUGGAGAAUCCAAAUUUAAUAUGGAUUACCAUAGUUUCUUCAAGGGCUUGCCGGACACUACUGGGGGGGGCUGUACACCAUUAGGAGAGGUACUAUGUGCACUAGCUUUUGCGUUUAUUUAAAGGAUUUUCAGAUAAACGCAAAGGAGUUCCUGAGAUACUUGGGUCUUAACCCCAAGUCUUCUCGCUAUGGACUGGGUACAGAUAGGUGUUUUUCACGUCGCUACGAAAAACUAUCCUGUGUAGUGUAAACGUGGCCAUAUACAAUACUGGUCAUUCACAACGCAGACGAGAUACAGCCUUUUUUGUCUAGAUCUUCGUUGGCGCAGUCGUUAGAGCCUUUCACCUCGGAGUUUGUGGGUUCGAUUCUCGCUACGGAUUCAUGUGAAACUAGUCUGUCAACCCUCUGCCGAAAGUCGUGGGUUUCUCGGAGUCCUUCCCACAGGGAAAGUUGACAGGGUGGGUUAGGAUAAACACAGUUAAGAAAAGUAAUCAAUUGUUGUAAGAUUAUAUGUAAAUAGUCUAGGCUAAGUAAGUGACAUAAGUAAGUGUAAUACUUGAUGUAAUCAGUCACUGAAAAGUCCCAAUGGGGAGUGAGCUGAAUAACAAUGUAAUGUAAUGUAUGAUUAUUAUUAUUAUUCAUGACAGGUGACGAAGCAGGGAUGUUGGAUUACAUGAUAUGGCCAUGGUUUGAACGCCUGCCUACGAUGUAUACACUGUCUGCUGACACAUAUCCAAACCUGACAGACUGGUUUAACCGGAUGCAACAUGAACCUGCUGUAAAGGAAACAUUGAUAUCAAAGGAGAAUCAUUUGAAGUUUUACCAUGGGUAUAAAACUGGCCAAGUUGACUAUGAUUUUAUUUAAUUGAGUAAUGUUAUUCCAAUAUCAAAUUUGAAUUGUAAGCCUAACUAUGCGGCUGUCCACAUGGACGAGAUGUGAGGCGGGGAUGAUUUUGACUACAUGGUUUUUCAAGUGAUGUUUUAGUAUAAGUGUAAACGCAAUGUUGUCCAAGCAGCAAUAAUAAUCUUCUACGAUAUCUCAGUUCUUCUAACCCGCGCUUCAACCUUCGUUUUUGUUUAGUGAUUUAUCUCAAUACAUGAAGCUCAUCCCGCCUUCCACCUCGUUCCAGGAAACCUUGAUCAUGUCAACAGCCCCUUAAUUAAUUGAACGUAAACCUCUCUUAUUUUAAAUAAUUGUCUUAUUACAAAGUAUGUUUUAAAAUAAACAAUUUUGCUUUCUUCUAUGAGGAAAAGAUAUCAUAUUACUAGCCAACUUAACUAACUAAAUAAUCCCAAAUUAUUUUCUAUUAUUACAUUUAUAAUCCUAAGUGUAAUGGAAGUGAAAAUGUUCUUUAUUAUGGCGUGAUUUUAUAGUUCUAUUUUAGUGGUUCUGUAUAGUUCUGUACAGUGAUAUAUAUGCAGGGAGAACGUUUUCAACAAAGAACAGAGAUUAUUUACAUUUUUACGACAGGAACAUUAUUACAUUUUUAUUGUUAAAGUUUUCGUAUUUUUUUGGAAUGCAAAAUUACGAAAAACAAACUGGCAGAAUUUAUAUAAAAGAUGAUUUUUUUAUUAUCAAGUCUUUUUAUGUACCCACCCACGUACCAUUUAUCUCUAUUCGAGAGCAAAAUUUCCUUCAAAAAUCUCUUUUUUCUCAAGAAUUCUCCGGAUAGUGUUGUAUAUUCUUGUUGAAAAAGUAAUGUCUACUUCAUGUAAUAUGAAAAGAGAUUUUGAAGACUUGAAAAAUCGUCCACAAUUUUCAACUAUCGGAAUAUCUAUCUUUCUCAGCGUUACUGCGUUAUUUCCGCUUAGUUUUAUUUAAAGCAUCUGGAUGGGAUACGAAAUAAGGAGGCUCACGAAAAUGCUUCCUAAAAUUUGCAUUCCUGUUACACGGCAAUGUUACGUCAGUCGGCUUCAAAGGUUUGAACUCGCGCUGAAAACGUGAAGCCAACAAUGGCAGAAAUUGACCGCCUGUGCCAGUCCCUUUCCAUUGUUUUUAUCUGCGCGGUUAACAGGAAGCUGCGAGGAAUGUGCUGAAAUUUUGCGUUUUUGACUUCUAUUUAAAGGUCCUGUCACACUAUUGCGUAUCGUACUAGCGUAUGCCAGCGUAUGAAAAAUAUCACUCAUACGCCGGUAAACGCUGACAUGCUAGGGGUACGUUAGGUAUAGGUUGUAUACGUUUCAAGCACGGUCGCAUACGGUGGCGUACGCUGGCAUACGGCGAGGCAGAAAAUUUUUUUAAGCAUGUUCAAAAAUUUUGUGCGUAUCGAACGUAAUGCUUUAUACGAUAGGCAUACUCUAGGCACACGCUGAAUACGCUAGAGGUACGCCAGAUGUACGGUACUCAUACGCUGGCAUUUCAAAAGAUUUUUGUGCGUAUGAAAAUUAUUUCAUUAAUUUUGAUACGCUUCUCAUACGUUUCUCUCAUACGCAAUAGUGUGACAUGGUCUUAAAGAAGAGUACUGUGGUUUGUGAACCUGAUAACGUGAUUAGCGAUACGAUCUGUGGGAAAAACGGGAUCUAAUUGGGAAAUUAGUUUACGACUUUCAUAAACAUUGAACAUCAUUUUGCGCCAUCUUGGCUUCAGUUUUCUCAAGCCUGACUGCCGGAAAUAACCGCCAAAUGACUCACGUUUUUACUCCAGAAAUAUAUAUAGAGCUCACUGUGAUACAUAAACCACCAUUUCUUGGGCAGUUUAAUUUUAGUCAUAUUAGUUGUUAUUGUCAGUCGUGCACUUAUGGUCUGCAUAAAUUAUAAUACAGCGCGAAUUCACUUCUAACAUAGCUGAAUGCAAUGAUGAAGCAAAAAUAAGUUUUAUGAUUUAUAUUUACAGUUUAUGAUACUGUCGUUUAAAUAUUUUUUUGGAAUGCGUGCCUUAAUUAAAUCGAACUAAAUAAAUUUAUUCAUUUCUUGAAAAACGUACUCCGAAUCAAAACUGCUUUGGAAAAAGAGCUAAUUGUCAGUGGUGACGUAUGAAGUGUCGGAAAGAUCACUUCGUGGUGCUAAUGGAGCCAAGUUAGACCGAGGUUGAACCGUUUGACUUUGUUGUGACAUUUCUGGCGCCACCUCUCUCGUAUCGUCGUCGCGCUGGGAGAGCUGGGAACUAUCACUUGACAAUCUUGCCUUACGCUUUGCUUUCUUAAAUACAUCAGCCAACGUUUUUGGCAUUUUGCUUAUAGAUGUCUGUUUUGGUAAUUUUCCUUUCUUAUCUACAGCUUGACGUUUCUUAUCAUGGAUAUCUGCGGUUAAUGAACUGCUUUCGUCUUCAAAAUCGUUUAGAAUGGUUUCCUCUUCUGAAGACGAUGCCCGAUCCUGUGGCAUUGUGGGUUGAGUAGUCUGAGCAUGCUCAGUGGGGCGGACAUCAUCAUCAGUUGCACUAAUGUAUUCAAACUUGCUUGGCUCCUCACGUGCUACAACAUGCUCUUCCAGGAUUCCUUCACGUGAAGGUGGUCUACUGGAUUCACGUUGCCUCUUACUGUCAACAGAUUUCAAAGAUGCGCGUGAAUGAGGUCGCGAUGAUGUCUUCUGUUGCCCAGAAAUCGUAGCAUAUUUACCUUCUUGUCGUUCACGUUUCUUCUGGAUGUUAGGCUCAGACAAAACACGUUGUUUAGUUGAACGCCCACUUCGAGAUUUUCUUUCGGAAGAUGUUGAAUGUACACUGAUAUUAGACGGACGUCGGGUUUGUGUCGUUGACUCAGCUGGGGUGCUAGCUUCAUUUUGUAUUUGCACACUACCGUUGCUCUUUACCGUCUGUUCCAAUGCUUUAAGUCGUAUCAUAGUAAGUUGAACUGAUGUACGAAUCUUUGAUGUUUCCACCGACACAGUUGUCAUCUUUUCCAUGAGUUCAUCAAGAUCUGAUUUUUGAGCUUCACCAAAACGCUUACCAAAUCUUUCAUUGAUUAAUAAGAAAAUAUCGUUCACUUGUAAUCUCAUUUCAUCCAUUUGUC